GAGGAGAGGAGCGGCCGGUCCCCUCGGGAGGGCUCCCCGCUGCUGCCGCUGCAGAGCCCCGCUUUCCCCCCCAGUCCCGGCAUGGCGAGCCCCCCCUCCCGCGCGGCCCGGGGACCCUUUAAGGGGAGGGGGCAGGGGCUGGGAGGCCUGGUAUUGGGGUGACUCCGCUCCCCUCCGGCCAACGCUCGCGGCUCGCCAGUCCCCGGGCUCGGAGCGACGAUGGUGCAGCUCGCCUGGGCUUGCCUGGUGCAAAGCUGCCUCCUCCUGCUGGCCCGAGCACGCCGGAGCUCGAGCCCCGCCAGCGGGGACCCCGCCGCCAGCUGCGAGCUCCACCGGAAACAAAGCGAGCUUAACUCCUUCCUGUGGACUAUAAAGAGAGACCCCCCAUCUUACUUUUUUGGCACCAUCCAUGUCCCGUACACCCGGGUCUGGGAUUUCAUCCCUGAGAACUCCAAGAAGGCCUUCCAGCACAGCCACAUUGUUUACUUUGAACUGGACCUCACAGACCCCUACACCAUCUCCGCUCUCACCAGCUGCCAGCUGCUGCCGCAGGGCGAGAACCUCCAGGACGUGCUCCCCCGGGACAUCUACCGCCGGCUCAAGCGUCACCUGGAAUACGUCAAGCUCAUGAUGCCUUCGUGGAUGACUCCGGACCAGCGGGGCAAAGGGCUCUAUGCUGACUAUCUCUUCAAUGCCAUCGCUGGGAACUGGGAGCGGAAGAGACCUGUGUGGGUGAUGCUGAUGGUGAAUUCUCUGACCGAGGUGGACAUUAAAUCGCGUGGCGUCCCUGUCUUGGAUCUUUACCUGGCCCAGGAAGCCGAGCGCCUGAGGAAGCAGACCGGGGCUGUGGAGAAAGUGGAGGAACAAUGCCAUCCACUGAAUGGGCUGAAUUUUUCCCAGGUGAUCUUUGCUUUGAAUCAGACUCUCUUGCAGCAGGAGAGCCUCCGAGCAGGAAGUCUCCAGACCCCAUAUACGACCGAGGACCUUAUCGAGCAUUACAACUGUGGGGACCUCAACUCCAUCAUCUUCAGCCAUGACACUUCUCAAGUCCCAAAUUUCAUUAACGCCACCCUGCCACCCCACGAGCGCAUUACUGCCCAAGAGAUAGACAGCUAUUUCCGCCAGGAGCUGAUCUACAAGCGCAAUGAGAGGAUGGGAAAGAGAGUGAAGGACCUGCUGGAGGAGUACCCUGACAAGAGUUUCUUCUUUGCAUUUGGAGCCGGUCAUUUCAUGGGCAACAACACAGUGAUUGAUGUUUUGGGAAGAGAAGGGUAUGAGGUAGAACACACUCCUGCUGGACAACCCAUCAACAAUGGGAAGAAUCAAAAAACCUGGUCAACCUUCUCAUCAUCCUCACCGGCGUACACCCCCUAUGUGAUUGCCCAGGAGCUGCACCGCCCGCCGCAUCCUCAGAAAGAGGAAGAGGAGCUUCUGCCCCACCUGCUGCUGCCCGAGCGUGUCGACCUGCUGGAGAAAGUGGACAGGAAAUACAAGAAGAAGAAGAAGAAGAAGCAACAGAAGAAGCAAAGGCUGCGCCAGUUUAACGACCUCUGGGUUCGCAUUGAAGAAAGUACCACUGACCCACCUCCCCGGAUUCGCAUCAUUAAUGGCUACAUUACAGUAGAACCUCAGCCACGGGGACAUGGGCGAUCCAGUCACCUCCACACAGAAACCAGCAGGGCCCAUGUGCCUGUUCACUCUCUGCUCAUCUUGCUAUUGACACGGGCUUUGCAGACAUUAACAAUGCUGCAGUGAGACUUGGGGUGAAACUGCAGGGUCUUUGGCUAAAAAACUUGGGGGGUGGGGGUGGGAAUAGAAGACCAGAAUCUCCAGGUGGGAUGCCUGUUCUUUGGAAUAUCUUUAGAUUCCUCCUUUUCCUGAAUCUGGACCCCUAACACUAUUAACUGGCUUGACAUGCCCAAUACAGGAGAAGAUAUUUUUAAUGAAAGCCAUUAUUUAUUCUUCUCUUGCAGAAGAAUUAUUGCAAGGUAUCCCAUAAUGCUCUUGGGAGAUGUACAAUGUCGCUGUAACAUAGCUGCUGUUUAGCUGUAUGAA